AUGGGAAUUCAAAUUAUAUUUCUCUUAGCUAUAACAACUCUUUUUAUCAAUGGUAUAUCUCGCAUCUCUGAGUCUCGUUCGGCUACGUUCACUGUUCAUAACAAUUGUCCCUAUACAAUUUGGCCGGCGCUUCUAACUAGCUCAGGACCCGCAGCAUCAACCACCGGUUUCGAGCUCCCUUCUCAAGCCACAUCAACCAUUAAUGCGCCAGCACCAUGGUCAGGUAGGAUUUGGGCACGCUUUCAAUGCUCCAAUAACAACAGAUUCAACUGUCAGAGUGGAGAUUGUGGCUCGAACCAAAUACCAUGCAACGGAAGAGGCGGAGCGCCACCAGCGACCUUGAUCGAGUUCACCCUUGCUGGAGGUGGAAACCUCGACUUUUACGACGUCAGCAUAGUGGAUGGUUUUAACCUUCCAGUGAUGGUUACUCCACGUGAUGGAUGCCCGUCAACGAGCUGUCCCGUGGACAUAAAUACUGCGUGUCCCGAUGAGUUGGCGGUAUAUGACAAUAAAGGAGGAAAGAUCGGGUGCAAGAGUGCUUGUUUAAGGUUUGGAACAUCGGAAUAUUGUUGUAGCGGAGACCAUGGGACGCCAAAAACUUGCCCGCCUAGCAAUUAUUCAAAAUAUUUCAAGAGCAAGUGUCCUCAAGCUUAUAGUUAUGCAUAUGAUGAUAAGAGUAGCACAUUUACAUGUCCUAAUGGUGGUGAUUAUAGUAUCACAUUCUGCCCAAUAUCCCCACCGCGAAAAUCGUCUACUUUUCCAACACACUAUUCCGAUUCGAGUCGGGUUUUGAUUCGAAUCGAAGACUCAUAA